AAAACGGAGACACUUGCAGCUCUACUACGCUGUCUCGCCGUCUUGGGAAAACGGACACUUCUCAUUUCACACACUCACUCCGCUGUAGACAAUGUUCUUCUCCGACUUACGACUGACUCGGAUGUCAAAUUCGUUCGUUUGGGGGCUCCGGAUAAAGUCCACUACCUUCUUCGUCCACACAAUCUUGAGACCCUUCUUUCGAAGCAAAUUUCUUCCAACGUGAGCCGAUCAGAUCCCAGUUGGAGCACAGCACUCUGCUCGCAGCUGGUUAAAUAUGUUGACGAGAUCAUGACACAAUCGACAUUGGUUGGUUGUACAGCCUUGGCCGCAGCUGGUCAUGAAGCUCUGGCUAGAAGGAAGUUCGACGUUGUCGUCGUGGAUGAAGCAACUCAACUUCUGCUACCGACAGCUCUUGGAGGACUACUCAGAUUAGAACCUGACUCUAGUCAAUUUGUUCUUGUAGGAGACGAAAACCAACUUCCUCCUUUAGUCCAGUCAAGUGUUGCUAGGGACUUAGGGCUUGGAACAAGUCUUUUCGCCCAUUUGUCUGGUAUUGUUCAUCGACAUGGUAACACUCAGGUUCCAGAGGAAGCAGACUCUUUGGGCAGUUGUUUAGUACAGUUGAAAGCACAGUAUCGAAUGAACUCGCACAUUUUGCGACUGGCCAACACGUUGUUUUAUAACGACGCAAUGGAGUGCGCUUCGGAUGAAGUAGCCAAUCGCACGCUGGAGUUGAAUCAAUCUAUUAUUGGAGGGUCAACAAGUUGGCUCAACCGAGUACUUGCCUCGAAAAUUGAAGAUUCUGUCAUCUUUCUCGAUACCCAAUCUAUUUGUAAGCAUCUUGGGGGCAACUCAAAUCUCAUUGAAAUUGAUAUUGUUUACAAAGUGGUUGCGGCUUUUACUAAGCGAGGUAUUUCGACCAAUGACAUCGGUGUAAUAGCACCCUACCGCGUUCAAGUCGAUUUUCUUAUCGAGCGUCUCCGUGGUGAUAAAUUUGUUGAAACCGAUUUGAUCCCUUCUUCACCUGCAGUAGAAGUAAGCACAGCUGAUCAAUUCCAGGGUCGUGAUAAGCCUCUGAUUAUCGUCUCUUUUGUGGACUGUUUACGUCAGAAAGGACGGCAGACUGAUACAGUCGUCAUCAAGUUGCACACUUAG